GAUUUUUUUACCUCGAAACUCUCUUUUUUUCAUUUUUUUCCUCUCUUUUUCUUCCUCUCUUUUUCUUCCUCUACUAGUUCUCGGCCGAUCACCUUUCUCGCACUUUCUCUCCCGAUUUUCGCUCCUUUCAAACACUCCGCUUCUUCCCCUCAUCGGCCAGAGCCCCCUACUCCCUCAAUCCCUCCGAUCGCCGGAGAUUGUUCUUUCCUCCUCUCUACCGAUCUCUACUCCCUCCGCGCCUCUCACUUUUUCCAACUGUGGCGUUUUGGCGGGUUCAUUAUAUCCUGGAUCGAUCCUGUGUUCAUAAAUGCCAGUUGCGAAACUCAAAGGGUCCAACACUACAGAUGUGAUGAAAUCGGAAGAUGGGAAUGAUUCCCUAGACACUUUCAUCAGGCAAGCAAUGGGGAAGGAGCCUCUGCUUUCCUUCCCUAGGACUAACGAUAGCCCCGUACAGUGGAUCCAACUGCUUCAAGCUCUGGACCAGCAAGAUGGACCAGGGUGGCCUUUACUGACCCCUUUGAAGGUUCAGAUGCAAAAAUGUGACAAGUGUUCACGAGAGUUUUGUUCCUCCAUAAACUAUAGGAGGCAUUUACGUGUUCACCAUCGACUGAAAAAGCUUGACAAGGAUACCACAAAAAACAGGAAUCUGUUGGGAGCCUUUUGGGAGAAGCUCUCUGAAGAUGAAGCAAAGGAGAUUUUGUCAUUCAAGGAUGUGGCGCUAGAGGAAGUGUCGGGAUCUUCAAUUAUAAAGUCGUUGAUGGCUCUUAACCGGAAACAGGGAUUUUCUCCUCUUCCACAGUACUGUUUGAGGGCUGGUACUGCUCUUCUGGAUAUUAUCCAAGGGAGAUUUAGGUAUCCUUUAUCUUCAGAGGAAUUGUUUAGCAUUCUUGAUGAUGCCAGUGAAAAGACAUUUCUAUGUGGAGCAGCAAUCUCAAUGCAGAAGUAUAUUUUUGACGGGGAAGCUGCUAAAACUGGUCUCGAAACAAAGAACAUAGUUGCAUGCACCAGCUUCUUGGUGGAACAGAAAUUGAUUAAGGCAUGGCUUGCAGACAAGGAUGCUGAAGCCCUGAGAUGCCAGAAAUUGCUUUUCGAGGAGGAAGAAGCUGCUCAGAGAAGGCAAGCGGAACUGGUGGAGCGGAAAAGGCAGAAGAAGCUCAGGCAGAAAGAACAGAGAGCUAAGGAGCAGAGGCUAGAGGAGAAACCCGACAUCGAGGAGCAGAGUGAUGAGACCUUGGAGGAGCCCUCAGCUGAACUACCCUGCUCAACUGCAUGUAGUUCUAACUCGCAUGAUGUCGACAUUCAGCCAGAUCCCUUUUCAUCAUCUUCCGAGCCUCCCCAACUCACAUAUCAAGACGAGGAGUUGUUUGAUCUGGAGAGCCAGAUUCUAUACGAUGCUGGAACUGCUUGUGAUCCUGGCAGAGAUUAUUAUGUCGAAAGGCACACAACACUACAGGGAAACAACCGUAGUAGGCACGUAGGUCGGUGGCACAUGCCUCCAAAACCCCAGUGGAAUCAUAUUCCUAAUGGUUAUCACGGAACUUACAGGGAUCCGAAACAAGCAGCAAUGGUUAAUGGGAACAGAAAGUGGAGCAGGAAACCUAGAGUAGAAUAUGCCACCGGUGAGACCUUGAAACCCAGAAUUGAAAGGGACGUACCUAUAACAAGCCAGCAGCCAGAUCAUCACGCCAAGAAACGUGAAGUUCUGAUUGGCUCCAUCUCUGUUGCACUUGGGAAUUCUAGUCAACAGGAUUGUCAAGCAGACCAACAGCAAGCACCAAAGAAGAGCAAUAAUAUUCAGGACAAACACUCGAAUCGUCCGACAGUGAAGCAGCAGUGGAGGCCUGUGAGCCGGAAUGGCAACAAAGGCCAACCACCAGACGAAAGCGUCUCUCGAGAAUCUCCAGACGAGAGCCUGCCUCCUCCUCCUGGGAGGUUUCAAUUCUCGAGCCAGGCGGCUAAAUCUUUUCUUGCAGAGAGGUGGAAGGAGGCCAUGGCAACCGAGCAUGUGAAAUUGGUUCUGGCACCAGAAUCACUCAAAGCCAGCAACGGUGUACAACAAAAUGGCUGUUCCGUUACAGCCGAGUCAUCGGAUGUUCGUAGGGGUCCGGAGCUCGGUACUAGAGGAUCGGAGGAAGAGAUGGUGGUUGAAGCAGGUGGUGGUGUGAAGGGCAAGUUCAGAUCAAAACCUGAGAAAGGUGUCAAGCUAAAGUACAUACCGAAACAAAGAACGUUGAGCUAAUAAAACCAAAGAAGAGGGAAGGAAGGAGGAGCAGAAUCUUUUUUUCCAUCGUUUUUUGGGGGGGUUUCUCUUAUACAAAUGUGCACAGCUUUUGAUUUUUCUCGUUCUUAGCAGAGGGUUCCAGUUUUACUGUCAGGACAAGAAAAUUGAAAGAAAAGAAACGUGAAAACGGGAGUGAUCUGGAAAAGAAAAGGGUUUUUUGCAGGAAGUCAUUUUUCAGUUCCGUCCUUUUUAUUUAUUUUACAACAGAGUGUCAUUACUCAUUAGCAACAUCAGGAGGUUUGGUUGGUAUUAUUAUUUAGCAGAGGCAGAGCAUAUAGUAGGCUAUCCUCCUUUUUUGGUUCAAUUUUGGGGUUGGCGGGGUCUUUGUUUGCUUCAUAGUCUCAAUUGUUUUCCCUGUAAUAAUAAAGUUUUGGUAUCUCUUGUAAGCUUUUUUUUUCCUGACUGGCAUGCCACACAUAAUAUGGCAAAGCUCUCCUUUCCAUUCUCCUACCUUCC